AUGAACUUAGCAUGUCCCAUGUUGUGCAGCGCUCGGCAGUCCUCCCAGUACGCCGACUACCAUGUGGAGAUGGACAGUGAGUGGCGUGUGCCAGGCUCCACCUGCCACGCUGGCUGCGGCCGGGGGCGGCAUCAUCACCGCCAUCAUCCUUCCGCUGCUCCAUCCUCGUCCUCGCCGCAGGCGCACAACAGCUCGGCGCCAGGUCUGGUAGCGGCGGUGGGCACAGCGGCAGGCGGGCGGCACGUGCGCAGCUACAACCACCUGCAGGGCGACGUGCGGCGCAGGAAGCUCUUCUCCUUCCAGAAGUUCUUCCUGAGGAUCGACGAGAGCGGAGCGGUCAACGGCACCAAGAGCAAGGAUGACCCCCUCAGUAUCCUGGAGAUCACGUCAGUUGAUGUUGGCAUCGUGGCCGUCAGGGGUCUCCAUAGCAACUACUACUUGGCGAUCAACAAGAAAGGGGACGUCUAUGGCGCUGUGAAGUACGGCAUGAACUGUAAGCUGAAGGAGCGCAUCGAGGAGAACGGCUACAACACGUACGCCUCGGCCGAGUGGCGAAACAGGAAGCGCCAGAUGUUCGUGAGCCUGAGCGCCAACGGGAGGCCGCUACGGGGACGGAAGACCAGGAGGAAGAACUCCGCCACCCACUUCCUCCCAAUCGUGGUGUGAUGCUCUAGCCUGACUCUCGCCAGACCUGUAGUGCCGCACAGCUUCGCGAGCUCCACUAGGCCUGGGAGAGCGCACAUUGGAUUCGUUUUCAGAGGGCAUGGAUACAUUGUCCAUCCUCGCCUUCAACAAAUUCCUU